AGCUUCUCUACCCUCUCAACCAACACAUAUACAUCCAUGAACGCUUCAACCAUCACAGUACAUUGGCACGACGAAAACCAGCCGGUGUACAGUCUCAACUUCCAGCCGAACGCACGGGGCGAGCGUGCGGAGCGCUUGGUCACGGGCGGCGGUGACAACAACGUGCGCAUGUGGCGGCCCGUGUACAGUGCCGCUGGCAACAAGAUUGUGUCGGUGGAAUACCUCUGCACUCUCCCCAAACACACCCAAGCGGUGAAUGUGGUGCGCUUUGACCCCAAGGGCGAGACGCUCGCGUCGGCGGGCGACGACGGUACGGUGCUCCUCUGGACGCGUGCGGACGCGAUCGUGCGCGAGUUUGGCAGCGAGGACGACGACGCGCAGGAAAGUUGGGUUGUGCGACACGCGCUCCGGUCGCCGCAGUCGGAGAUCUAUGACCUUGCGUGGUCGCCCGACGGCCAGUACGUGCUCACAGGCUCCAUGGACAACGUCACGCGCAUCUACAACGCAGCCACGGGCCAGCAGGUGAGCCAACUUGCGGAACAUAGCCACUACGUUCAGGGAGUUACCUGGGAUCCACGUAACGAAUACAUUGCGACUCAGUCUGCUGACCGUUCGGUUCACGUGUACGCGCUUAAGCACACGAACGGCGUGUUGACGGUCGCGCCUACGACUUUUUAUAAGAGCUCGCGUGCAGAGAUGCCCACUGCGCGGCUUUCGCAACUUCUUCCUACACCUGCGCCCACCCCGGUUGUGCCCACAUCUAUGCUGCCGCCUACGCACAAGCGCAAAUUGUCGGGGUCCUUUGCGCCGCGCGCAAGCUCGCAACUGCGCGCGGUCUCUCCCUUACCGGCCGUGCGCGCCAUGGAGCCGAUGCGCAACUCGUUGCUCUACCACAGCGAAACGCUUCAGUCUUUCUUCCGCCGCUUAGUCUUUUCGCCCGAUGGCAGUUUGCUCUUGACGCCCAGUGGGAUCUUCAAGACAAAAAAGGAGGCCGAUUCUGAUGAUAAGGGGAAGGAGGAGGAAGAAACGCCAAAGUACGAGGAAACAAACACCGUGUAUAUCUACACCCGCGCUGGGUUGAACAAACCACCUGUGGCGCACUUGCCGGGAAUGAAGAAGCCUGCGUUGGCAGUCUCCUUUUCGCCGGUAAUCUAUAAGCUCCGUGCCCAUCCCGCAGCUACGGUGCACGUACAGGUAGAUGCCGCGGAUGCAAGCACCACCGCGCACGGUGCGACGCCGGACACGCGCCCUAUGUUUGACCUUCCGUACCGGAUGGUCUUCGCGGUCAUCACGCAGGACCUGGUAAUUGUGUAUGAUACGCAGCAGCGCCAGCCGUUGGGGCUUGUAACCAACUUGCACUACUCUACGUUUACUGAUGUUAGCUGGAACUCCAAGGGGGAUACGAUUAUGAUUUCCUCCACCGACGGGUUCUGUUCUGCGGUGGUGUUUGAACCGGAAACGAUGGGCGAAGUAUUGUAUUUGCACGGUUCAGAUGCAAUUCAGGCUCACAGUUCGGAACCGCAGGCCCAGCCGAAGGCCCAGUCAAAGGAUAGAGGUAGAGCCAGAGAAAAGAUCAAUGUGGUGGAUAUUUUGGAGCAGGCAGGGAAGCGCCACGAGGCCGAGCUCAACCAUACGAUUGAGAUGAUUGAUGUGGUUACAAACCUGUCGGUAAAUUCUGAAAGCUCUAAAACACCUGAAACCUCCAAAUCUGAAACCUCUGAACAGUCUGAGAACUCUGAGAACUACGAAAGUUCUUCAGCUUCUGAUAUGGCUUCUACAGGCUUUGACAAGUCUUCAGCUGCAAUUAACGUUUCCAAAUCGGCAACUUCCGAGUCAGUUGAGGUGAGUGAUGUCGGAGAGGCUCAGGACCAUCGAGAGAGGGUAAAGCCAGACAAGAAGAAAAAGAGAAGAAUUGCGCCAACUCUCCUUCCUCAGUAAACUGAUUCUGGCGUUUUUAUAGAUAUUCCGGAUAUGUGAAAGCAUUUACUGGAGUGUGCAUGACCGGAAAUCCCAUGGAACUGACUGGUUUAAUGGAGUGGCUCUUGGGCCUACCGCCGUCUGGGAUCUGCAAGAUUAGUAUACUAGGUUACACCAAUGUACGUAUUAAGCCUGUGUAUUUAGCAUCUGAGAACUAGUCACAUUCUCACACUUUGAUUUUUC